CUGUUGCCUCCUUUCGCCAUACCUGGGGUUGACUCAGCCCCUAAUGUUGGGUAAAGGAGGACCGGCGCGACUUGAUACUCCGUACCCUCUUGGCCCAGGUAGGUGUGGAAUAAAAUAUGCCUUGGGGACAAGGUCCUCCCCGGCGUGCCAUGCUCUUGCUCUCGAGCUGUCCCGCGUCUCCUUCGCUCGAUUCGUCUUGCUCCUAGCUCCGUCCGAGGGAAAUAGGGUGCGUACGAUAGGCUUUUCUAGAGUGGUCGUAUAUUUUACUUUGUCCGCAGCGAGCACCAACACCUAGUCACGACAUCGCUCUCGGAGCCGAACCCGGAACUGAGUCAGCACAGGGAGGCGGCCCGUCCCGUCGACUAGCCUCUGGCGGUCGCAGAACCCCUUCUUCGUCCAAUGUUUCGCACCAACGGCGAAGGCGACGAUGCCUGGAACACGAUCGAGCCCGAAGGCCUGGCCAUGGCGCUGAUUGUCAGCAGCGGGCUCUUCGCCGGCCUCACCACAAUCAUCAUGGCCAUGCGCGUCUACAUAAGGGUGGUCAAGCGGAAUUUCGGGACGGACGACUGGAUGAUGGUUGGCGGAUAUUUCGCAACUCUUGGUCAGGACAUCAUCACCAUCUACGGGGCGUAUUGGGGCCUGGGGACGCGUGACGCCCACCUGCUGAGGCUGAACCAGAUGCACGGGAAAAUGUCGCUCCUCAUAUGGCAGUUAUUGUACGCCCUCAGCCUGUCCCUCGUCAAGGGCAGCAUCUGCGUGACGCUGAUGCGCAUCGCCACGGCGCCCAAGUACAUGAUGAUCCUCAAGUCGCUCGUCGUCUUCUCCUUCACGCUCAGCGGCGUCGGCGCCAUCGUGCUCUUCAUCCAGUGCCGCCCGCUCAAGUCGUACUGGGACGAGCGGGUCCCGGGGACCUGCAUCCCGCCCGUGUUCCUGACGGUGUUGUCGGUGGCGGCGUCGGUGGUCAACGUCCUGACCGACUUCACCGUCGCCCUGAUACCUUUUUUCCUGCUGCGAGACGUGCAGAUGCGGCCGCGCGUCAAGUUUUACAUCCGGGCCAUCCUGGCCAUGGGACUCUUGGCCGGUGUCGCCAGUAUAGUCCGCGUCCCGUUUACCAACGCGUACUCGAACCCAAACGACCUUCUUUACAACACUGGCAACAUCGUCCUCUGGACCAUCAUCGAGUGCGGCCUCGGCGUCACCGCCGGCUCGCUCCCGACGCUGCGGGCCUUCUUCAAGAAGCUGGCCAAGAACUACAGCUCGGGCGGCGACAAGUGGGCGGGCGGCAGCGGGCCCGGCGGCGGUCGGCAGGGGAGCCGCGGCCUCGUCACCAUCGGGCAGAUCAAGGGCCGUCACAACCCCGUCUACGACACGGAGCUGCAGGUCACCGUCGUCGCCAUGGACGACCUCGGCCACCGCCGGGGCGCCGCCGACGACGCCAAGGAUGGAGGAGGAGACAGCGGCGGCGACGACUCGGAGAGCACCCGUCGCAUCAUCAGGGUCACCAAGGACGUGCGCCAGACCGUCGAGCCGGACGCGGAGGCGUCCAAGGGUACAAAGUCGCCUGUAUGAUGGGGAAUGGGAUCAGGCGUUGAACCGUGAGAUGGGAGAGAGACAACAGUACAGUCUUCCCGCGUACAAAGAGCUGCAGCACUUGGAAUACUCGUUACAGGACACGAUUUUAGAACGGCAUGCGCCAUAUAUGAGUUUAGAGACAUUUACAUGGAAUAUAGAUACCUCGAAACGACCCCUGCGGAAGUGGUCGUCAAUUCUUGGUGUGCCGGACACCUCGAUCGUCGCGUGGCGCUGCAGCACUUGGAUAUCCCAAUCUCGGCUACGAGCAACUCCUGCAC